UUGGAAAAUUGAGGGCGUUUCCUACCGGGCACAGUAGGCUUUUCGCACUAAAAGUGGGCGGAACAUACAUCUUAAAGGAAUGAUCAUUUUCAUCGGCAGACUUUCCAAAGCACCAGGAUUGGUCAGUGCGCCUGCGCUCCUUUAAUGGAUGGGUGGAGCUUGGGCAGGCCUGAGACACUGAGAGUAUUAAAGAGGCAGCAAAAGACAAUUCAGGGGUUUUCCCCUUUCCUGUUUUUUAAACCAUGGAUGCCGAUGGGCCCCUCAUCCAUGUCGACUUUCCAGAAAUAGCGAGUUCCCUUCUUGAGAGCCUAAAUCAACAACGAAUGGAAGGAAAGCUAUGUGAUGUGUCGAUACAUGCGCAGGGCCGUGUCUUUCGUGCUCAUCGUGCUGUGCUUGCUGCUUCUUCCCCAUACUUCCAUGAUCAAGUAUUGCUGAAAGGCAUGAGCUCCGUUUCUUUGCCAGGAGUUGUGGAUCCAGGAGCAUUUGAAGCUGUAUUAUGUGCUGCUUAUACUGGACGUCUGACUAUGUUAGCUGAUGAAAUUGUGAACUACUUGACUGUGGGCAGUGUUCUACAGAUGUGGCAUGUAGUUGAUAAAUGUUCAGAACUGCUGAAAGAAUCUCGAGGAGGCAGCAGCUGUGGCAUUGGGGAAGGAACAGGUAGCACUACUGGUCUUACCCCUCAGGGUUCUCACUCAGGGAGGGCAAGUGAGAAUCAGUCUCCUAGUAGUAGUAAUUAUUUCAGUCCUCGGGAGCCUCCUUCAGAAACCUGUAUAGAAAGGAGUAGGAGGAGGAGUGAAGUGGCUAGUGAAGGAGCAGAAGAAGCAGUUGGAGAACCAGAGCAAGGAGGUGGGGAGGCUUCAGUUGCAAGCUGUUCUAGUUACAGGCGACCCAGCAUAGUGCCUCAACGACAUUGGGUGUAUGUGAAAAAAGAGCGUCCGCACCAGGGUCUGCUAUUAACUUGUGAGGGAGAAGAGGAAGAAGAUGAUGAGCUUGAGGAAGAUGAAGAGCAACUGAGCAUAACUAAUGUCCGCACUCUGAAUGCACCUGAAGAACAAGUGAACUUUUGUGAACCAUCUGAUGGUAUGCCAUAUGAGGAGGGAGCAGCUGGGUCAGGUUACCCACAGGGUCCUCCUCUUCUUCCCUUGGAUAUGCAAGGAAACCAGCUGCUUGUUUUGCCCUCAGGGCAUGGGGCAGCAGGACAAGGUGGUGCUGGUACACGCCCUGGAGUAGAGGGCGGUAAGAUAUUUCUUUGCCAUUGUGGAAAGGCAUUUUCUCAUAAAAGCAUGCGUGACCGCCAUGUCAACAUGCACCUCAAUUUGCGCCCUUUCGACUGUCCUGUUUGUGGAAAAAAGUUCAAGAUGAAGCACCACCUGACAGAACACAUGAAGACACACACAGGUGUAAAGCCAUAUGAGUGUGAAGUGUGCGCAAAGAAAUUUAUGUGGAGGGACAGUUUCAUGAGGCAUCGUGGCCACUGUGAAAGGAGGCACAGGGCCAGUGUAGGGGUCUGUAUAGUCCAAGGGCUAAAGGAUGAUCCUGGUGUGUGAGCUGAAAAGAGGAGCCAUAUGGAGAAAUGGGGCAGAGAAGACUUCUGCUUCCUGUGAUCAAGCAGUGGGAGAAGGAGAAGCAGUAGCUUAGUUCAGGGGAAAACAGCAGAAGAUCUAAAGGCCAGCAAGAAAAUACAAAGUGGUAGCAAGGGCUGGGGUAAGGAAAAACUAAGGAUCGAAGGCAGAAUUUAGUAUGGGGAGAAUCAGAUAUGAAUCAAUAUUUACUUUUCAUCUCCCUUAUUUUGACCUUUCACAUACAAAAUUGAAUAAUGUAGGCAUCUAUAGAUGAGGCUUGGCUUGCAUGGAAAUUGUCCCAUUACUGUAGGUGAUGAAAAAUGUAUACAAUAACACCAUUUCUUAGCCUUUUCACACACAGUAAGAUGACAUUUAUCAAUAUUUUACCAACAUUUUUAAAUCAUAUGAAAUACGAGCCAUACAACUGGCAACUAUCAAAUAUAAGAAAUCUUAUAUAAAAAUCCAAACUGCUUAUUAAUAUUACAUUUUAUUUAUUCUUUUGUAUUUUAAAAUAAAUUGCAUUUUAUUUAAAAAGAAAUAACGUGUCAAAUAUGCAGACACAGUUAACUCUCUAGUUCUCCCUGGGCCCCAGAUAUUAGCAUAAUUAUUAUGAUACAUAGUGCGAUGUGUGAAAUCUUUCUGCAACAUCUGUAAUUUAGAUAUUGGUCAGGUUAUCUCAAGUCUACUGCUGCCGUCCAUAUUCUCCCUCUGCUCAAAAAUUAACUCCCAUUCUGUGGUACUUUUUCUCCAACAAGUAAAUAUUGCUAAGCACUGUUUCCUUGAAAAGCCUCAGAAUUUCAUCUCCACAUGGACAUGGAACCUCUAGCUCUCUCUGACUUUGACUCUAAUACCUUGGAGUAUUUUUCCUCCCUAAUGAUGCAUUCACACCUUCUUUGGAUACCGUUGCCCUUCAAAAGGCAGACCAUGCAUUUCUUUCUGUCAUUGUAUGCGUAUUUAAUAAGCUCUCUCCUGUUUAAGACAGGGCAAUAGGGUACCUAUAUGGAGGGUUGUGGGAAUUGCACAAAUGUUGUACAGCUUUAAGGUUUCUAAACAGGGGAAUAUAAGUGUGUGCACACUACACCUACACAUACUUCAUUGAGUCUUCUUAUGUACCUAUCUGCACUUGCAUGUAUAUAGGUCCCAUCUUUCUUCGCACCUGUCUACUCACAUAUGUAGGUAACAUGCAUACACAACAGGCUGUAAGGUUACAGAAAUGUAUCUGUAAUGUAUACACUCUACUUUGUUCAAAGGUUAUAAAGGCAAUGCACUUAAAUAUAUUUUGUGCGUGUAUAGCUAGAUACAUAUACAUCUACUCAUAAAGAAAAAUAAUAAAGGUAUAUCCAGGGGUAUAUCAGCAUUAGGACAGAAUGCUACUAUAUAUGUUUGGUGAGAACUAAAUAGUAUCAAAUGCUUAAGUAAAGAUUAACAUUGUAUCCCCAUAAAAUGAAUUGCUAGCAGUCUUAGUGGACAGAAGUUAUAGGCAUGGUAGAACUAAUUCAUACAUCCAGGCCAUUACAAAUAGUUCAAACCCAUUACUGAGAGAAUUAUUAACUAUAUGCCACUGCGUUAGACAUUGGGGCACUUCACACUUAACAUUUCUGACUUGGUGUUUGUCAGGCAGAUGUUUGCUGGCAUGAGCAGUGCAGAAAGAAUGGAGGAAGCCAGACUCUACUGUCAGCAAAAACAGGGCCAGAGAGCACCUUAUCAUCAGUUGGCUUCUUGUGCAUUGUGUGCUGCUUUUUCACAUAUAUUUUGUGUGCUGCUCCUUGUUUCUGGUGGUAGUUUCCCAUUUAAAGGAGAAGGAAAGCUACGGAGGCAUUUUAUUGCCAAUAGAUUAGCUGCAAUAGUGCAAGCUAGAAUGCUAUAU